AUGCCCAACUUCGCCGAGGCGAUGGAUUUCAACAACUUGACGGCCGCGUUCCUCUUCGCCUGCGAGCGACGUCUUCGCGUUCGUCGGCGUCGCGUCUGCGCCGUCGGCGCCUUCUCCGGCGGCUCGGCCGCGCGGCUCCUGCCGCGCGCGACGGUCACCUGCGCCCUCGCCUGCUUCGGCGGCCUCGCGGCGGCGCUCCUCCUCGAGCGCGCCGGCGCGUGCCCGAACCCGGGCGUCGCGCCGGACGCGCUCGGCUCCAUCUUCGGCACGUUGGCCGCCGCGGGCGGCUUCGCCGCCUUCGCCGCCGCGGGCGCCGCCGCGACGCGGCCCGACACGGAGCCCCUCGCGCGCCACGCCGCCUUUGGGGUUGCCGGCGCCUGGCUCCUCACCCUGGGCCUCGACGCGCUCCUGGCCGAGGGCGCGGCGCUGUGGUCGCACGUGGUCGCGGUCGCGCGGCCCCACGACCUGCCCGGCGUGCCCUCGGACGAGACGUUGUACCUCGGCGAGGCCGAGGCGUUGCUCAUCUGGGUCGUGCUCUCCGCCGUGCUCUUCCUCGCGCGCGUCGCCGCGGAGUCCGGUCCGGCGCGCGCGGCGUCGCUGCUCCGGUCCGUCGGCGGGCGGCGCCAGCGCUACGUCGCCGUCGGCGACGACGGCGAGAAGCCGCCGGCGACGACCCGCGACGACGGCUCCGCGUCCAAGGAGGCGCGGCACCACGCGUCGCUCGUCGGCGAGCGGCCGCCGCGCUACAACCUCUUCGACCCGGAGGCGCUGCCCGAGGCGCUCAAGCGCUUCGCGCCCGAGGUCUUCGCGUCGUCCGAGGCGCUGGGCAACUUCUUCGGCUUCCAGGACGACAACGUGCGCAACCAGGCCGAGCACGCGCUCAUGCUGUUGGCGAACGGCUUAGCGCAGCAGCCGCCGAGCUCGCGGUCCGCGCGCGGCUGCGACGUCGCCGCGCUCGGCGCGCUCCACGCCAAGCUCUUCGCCAACUACCGCCGCUGGUGCGCCCACCUCGAGACGGCGCCCCAGUUCGCCGACGCGGCGGCGGGCGACGCCUGCGGCGGCGCGGCGACGGACGUCGUCCUGUGGCUCUGCGUCUGGGGCGAGGCCGCGAAUCUGCGCCACAUGCCCGAGUGCUGCUGUUUUCUGUAUCAUUCGGCGGCGUCGGAGUGGGCCGCGACGCCCAAGAGCGAGCGCCAGGGCGACCGGGGCGCGUCGCUGUACCCGGGCCACUGGCUGGAUACGGUCGUGGCCCCCGUCUACUCGAUCGUCGCCGCGUCGAUGAAGCGCAAGGCGGACCACGUCGACAAGAAGAAUUAUGAUGAUUUCAACGAGUUCUUCUGGUCCAAGGAUUGCCUGCGGACGCACCGGUCCGCGGUCGCGACGGCGACGGCGCUGCGGCACCGGGAACGGGCGUUGAAGGCGGACCGCGCCGCGCGCGACAAGGACGGUUUGCUCGGCCUCGAGAACGGCCACCGCUACGACCGCGACGAGGCGUCCUUCCCGCCGCCCGUGGCCCAUUUGCUGGAUGCGGCGCCGAAGACCUACUUGGAGGUGCGGACGUGGCUCCAUGUGGUCUUCGCGUUCUUUCGGGUCUACGAGUACCACGUGCUGAGCUUCCAGGUGCUGGCGACCGUCGCCUUCGCGCGCUACCUGGUGUGGGACGCGGCCUACACGGUGGAGGUGCUCUCGGGCGCCGCGCUGACCAUCAACGCCGCGGCGCUGCUGGAGGCGAGCCUCGAGGCGGCCGUCGCUCCUCCCUCCGCCGACGGCGUCGCCCACGGCGCGCUGGCGACGCGGCUCGGGGGCCGCUUCGUGUGCCUCGUCUACCAGGCCAUGUACCUCUGCUGGGCGCUGGACGGUCUGGAGCUCAUGCCGCGCGGCGAGGUCCGGUCGUUUGGGGGCGAGGAGCCGGGGCCGUUCUGGUUCUGGCAGCACGUCUGGCUGUCGUGCCUCGUGGUCGUGCUGUACGUCGCCGAGGCGGUUCUCCAGCUCUGGCCCUACGGCAUCACGCUGCUCUACACCUACGGCGACGGCGACGUCUACCGGGCGGCGCUCGCCGUGUUUCUGCCGCGGAGCCUCAACUACGUGGGCAAGACCGUCCACGAGCCCUACGUUCGCGCCCAGAAGUACCACGUCUUCUGGCUCACGUUGAUCGCCUGGAAGAUGACCUUCGGCUACAUCUUCCUCAUUAAGCCCAUGGUCGCGCCCACCGUCCAGAUCUGCGACGACUACCUCAACUUCCCCGCGAUCGGCCACCGCGGCGUGAAGACGAUGAGCCAGCUCGUCGGGCGCUGGCUGCCGUCGUGCCUCAUCUUCCUCGUGGACUCGUCGAUCCACUACUCGCUCUGGGCCGCGGCCGUGGGCACGUACAUGGGCUUUCGGACGAAGCUCGGCAUCGUCCGCGACUUCCCCGCGGUCCGCGACGCUUUCCUGUUAUUGCCCACGUCCUUCUGCGGCAAGCUCGUCAACGGCUGCGUGCGCGAGGGCGCCGUCGCGACGGCCGGAGGCGUGCCGCCGAGCCCGCGGAGCUCCGUCGCGCCCGAACUCCAGCGCUACUUCGACGACGAGCCGCCCGGCGGGCCCUGCGGCGCGUGCUGCCUCGGCGGCGCGUCCGACGCGCGGCCGGGCGGCGCGCCGGCGCGGCGCCUGUCGGCGAAGAACGAGACGCCGCCGACGUCGUCGAGCGAUCUGGCUUCUACCUUGGGCGCGGCGUCGUCCGUCGGCGGCGGCGGCGUCGCGCCGCGGCUGCCGUCGUUCCUGGCCCUCACGGACGCGCUGCCCAAGGAGACGGCGAGCGACCAGCAGCUCCACGCCAUGACGUCCCCGCCGCCGUCCGGGGGCCUGCGCCAGGGCAUCCUGGACCUCAUCGAGACCGGCGGCGCGCCGGCCGCGGGCCUCUCGGCGUUCGCGGCGUCCGGCGCGGCCGCGGACUCGGCGCUGGGCGAGGCCGACGAGGUCCAGUGGGUCUUGUUCGCCGAGGCCUGGAACGACGUCGUCGGCGCCAUGCGCACGUCCGACACGCUCAACGACUUCGAGCGCGACGUGCUCGCGUUCGACCGCUACGCGGGGUUUUCGAAGCCCGUCUACCUGCCCAUCUUCGUCACGGCGGGCGCCGUGGAGCGCGCCUGCGCCCUGGCCGCCGACGCGGCGGCGGCCUACCGCCCGGCGGCGCGGGCCUACCACGCCGCGCGCGCGGACGACCAGGCGGACGGCGGCCGGCUCCGGGGGCUCUACGACGCCGCGGCGUCCGUCGACGAGGCGCUGGGCGCGUCGCUGCGGGCCGACGUCGUGGCGACGGAGGCCGUCGACGAGGUGCGCGAGCUCGGGACCUGGCUCCUGCUGAAGCUCGCGGGCGGCGUGCACCGCGACGAUCUGGUGGCGUGCGCGUCGAUCCUCGACAAGUGGUGCCGGUCGUCCGCGUCCCUCGUGACCCAGGACACGCUGCUGGAGCGCGUCGAGGUCGAGCGGCUGCCGACGCUCGUGCUGCAGCCCCUGGCCCAGCUCGCGACGCUGCUCCUGAAGGGCCUGAAGAAGCGCAAGCCCAAAGGAGACGCGGACCUACGCGCGCCGACGGCGACGCCCAACUCCGAGGGCGGGCCCGCGGCGGAGGAAGCGCUGCCGGCGUCCGGCGCGCCGUCCCAGGACGGCUCGGAGGCGUCCAUGAAGGAGGAGACGAAGCAGGACUCCGUGCUCUCCCUCGCGCCGAAGUUCGAAAAGGCGCCGUCCAUGAAGCGGACGCAGUCGACGUCCGGCCUCGCGGCCAUGGGCGCGUCGCCCGUCGCGUCGGACCUCAAGGCCUUCACGCCGCGGGGCCCCGCCCAGAAAGCCAAAAAGUACUCGCUGGCGUCGACGAAGUACGUCGCCGGCGGCCACGAGCACGACGGCCCGAACGACCCGUUCCGCGACGCGAUCCGCGAGAAGCUGCGGGGCCUGCUCAACGGCUGCAAGGCCGUCGUCGUCAAGGGCGAGCCCAAGCAGGGCGUCGCCGGCGCGCGGGCCCGCGAGCUCCUGGACCGGCUGACCUUUGUGCUCGCGAACGAGCGCGGCUUCUUCUGGGACGGGAAGUACGCGUCGGCGUGCCUCGACGCGCUCCGCGGCGACCUCGCGCGCGUGUCGCGCCUGGCCAAGAAGCUCCAGGGCCUCCUGACGACGACGCCGCGCGAGACGGAGCCCCGGGGCCAGGAGGCGACGCGGCGCCUCACCUUCUUCGUGAAUUCCUUGCUGAUGGACAUGCCGCCGCCGCCGCCGCUGGACGCGACGGUCUCGCUGACGACGCUGACGCCCUUCUACAGCGAGGACGUGCUCCUCUCCAAGGGGGACCUGCUCGCCAAGAACUCGGACGGCGUCACGACGCUGCUCUACCUCCAGACGCUCUACAAGGCGGACUGGGCGUCGUUCCUCGAGCGGCGGAAGAUGACGGAGAAUUCCGCGCACGCGGAGUGCUUCGCCCCCGAGCACGAGCUGGAGACGCGCCUCUGGGCGUCGUUCCGCGCCCAGACCCUGGCGCGCACGGUCGAGGGCAUGAUGCACUGCGAGGCGGCGCUGCGGCUGCUCGCGCGGCUCGAGCGGGUCCACGGCGCGCACGUGGCGCGGAAGCGGCGGACCGCGGGCGCGCAGGCGCCGCGGCGGUCGAGCCGCUACGCCGCGGCCUGCGAGGACUCGGAGACGCACCCCGUGAUUGGGCUGGAGGAUCUGCUGAAGCUGAAGUUCGGCUACGUCGUCUCGUGCCAGGUCUACGGCAAGCAGCGGAAGAACGACGACGUCAAGGCCAAGGACAUCGAGCUGCUCCUGCGGCGCUUCCCGCUGUUGCGCGUGGCCUACAUCGACGAGCAGCGCGUGGGCCGCAGCGGCGCCGUGGCCUUCUACUCCUGCCUCGUCAAGGCCGGCGAAGACGGUAACCCCGCGGAGGUCUACCGGGUGCGGCUCCCGGGGAACCCGGUCAUCGGCGAGGGCAAGCCCGAGAACCAGAACCACGCCAUCGUCUUCACGCGGGGCGAGUGCCUCCAGACCAUCGACAUGAACCAGGACGGCUUCUUCGAGGAGGCGUUGAAGAUGCGGAACCUGCUCCAGGAGUUCAAGGCGGGCGCGCCGGGCGUGCCCGAGGUCCCGGGCGCGCCGCCGACGACGAUCGUCGGCUUCCGCGAGCACAUCUUCACGGGCUCCGUCAGCUCGCUGGCGAACUACAUGGCGUUGCAGGAGCUCAGCUUCGUCACGCUGGGGCAACGGGUUUUGGCGGACCCGCUGCACAUGCGGUUGCACUACGGCCACCCGGACGUCUUCGACAAGCUCUGGUUCGCGACGCGCGGCGGCGUCUCCAAGGCGUCCAAGGGCAUCAAUUUGUCCGAGGACAUCUUCGCGGGCUACACGGCCAUGAUCCGCGGCGGCGGCGUGACCAUGAAGGAGUACGCGCAGGUCGGCAAGGGCCGCGACGUCGGCAUGCAGCAGAUCUACAAAUUCGAGGCCAAGUUGUCCCAGGGCAACGCGGAGCAGUGUUUGAGUCGGGACGUGUCGCGCAUCGCGAGCCGCCUGGACUUCCCGCGGCUGCUGUCCUACUACUUUGGCGGCAUCGGCCACUACAUCAAUUCGGCUUUGACGAUCAUCACGAUCCAGGUCGCGACGUAUCUCGCGCUGCUGCUGGCGGUCUACGGCGCGGAAUCCAUCGGCCACCGCUUAGUCGUGCCUCUGGGGUCCGUGCAGAUCCUGUUGGCUGGUUUAGGAUUACUGAACACGCUGCCGCUGUUGGCGACUUUAGCGGUGGAGCGCGGCCUGUGGGCGGCGGCGAAAGACGUCGCGCAGGUCUUCGCGUCGGGCGGCCCGCUCUACUUCAUCUUCCACAUCCAGACGCGGGCCCACUACUUCACGCAGACCAUCCUCGCCGGUGGCGCGACCUACCGGGCCACGGGCCGCGGCUUCGUCACGCGGCACUCGACCUUCGACGAGCAGUACCGCUUCUUCGCCGCGUCCCACCUCCACCUCGGCGUCGAGCUCUCGGCCGCGCUCGUGCUCAUGGGGUUGCACACGGGGGCGGGCCAGUACGCCGGGCGCACCUGGAGCUUGUGGUUGGCCGUGGGGUCCUUCCUGUUGGCGCCCUUCUGGUUCAAUCCUUUGGGCUUCUCGUGGCCGCACGUCGCGGACGACUUCAACCGCUGGAGCCGCUGGAUCUCCUACGGCACGCGCGGCGGCACGGCGGCCGACUCCUGGGACGUCUGGUACAAGGAGGAGACGGCGCCGGUUAGGCGCCUGAGCGGCCGGUCCAAGGCGCUCUUAGCGUCCAAGGCGCUGCUCUACGUCGCGCUGGCCAAGGGGUUGGCGGACUUCACGGGCCGCGCGGCCUACAAGCGCCUCAUGUCCUUCACCUACUGCGCGGGUGCCGUCGUGAUCCUCGCCGUGCUGGGCUGGGUCGCCGAUCUGCUGGCGCCGUCGCUCCACUACGCGUGCCACCGGCUGCUGAAGAUGGCGCUCGGCGUCGCGUCCGUCGCCGUCGUCGCCUUCGAGCUCGCGACGAAGCCGAGCUCCCUGAAGUUCGCCGUGAGCCUCUACUACGUGGGCGCGGCGGCGGCGCUCCUGGGCACGCUCUACGGCGGGCCGGGCCCGGCGUCCUACGGCCGGCGGCGGUCGUCGGGCGUCUUCGACGUCGUCCCCGUCGUCGUCCGCCACCUCGCGCGCGCGCACGACCUCGCCGUGGGCUACUGCUACUUCGCCAUCUUCAUCCCCUUGAGCGCCAUCCGCAUCUGCGACGUCGUCCAGACCUGGCUCCUCUUCCACAACGCGCUGUCCGAGGGGGUGGUGGUCGACGACAUCCUCAAGCAGGCGCGCCAGUCGCAGGAGGUCGGCGCCAAGGACACGGAGCUCGAGCUCCGCAACCUGCGGCGCCAGGUCGAGACCCAGCAGAAGGCCAUCGCGCGGCUCCUCGCGCGCGCGGGCGUCGACGACGACGGCCUCGAGGCCGGCGAGGUCCUCAACCCCGUCCGCGACGUCACGUCCGAGGGCGAGAUCGCCGCCGCCGCGCCGCCGCAGCCGGACAAGCCGCCCGUGCGCUCCAAGAGCAUCACGUCGCUCCGGCCCGCGGCCUACAACACGGCGCCGCCGCCCUCCGGCGAGCGCUUCACCUUCCAGAGCCCCGACGCGAUGCCGCCCCGCGAGCUCUCCUAGGGAGCGCGCGCGCGCGGCCUCCGCGCUCUAUCCCCCCCCCCCCGAUCCCCGUCCUCCCCCCCACGACCCCCAUCAUUCUAAUUUGCAUGCGCCGGU